AGGCCAUUUUUUAUUUUGCUUCUUUUCCCUUUCCAGUGAAGCCAAAGAGAGACCAAACUUCUCCACCUCAUGGCCGUCUCUUCUUGUCCGUGUCCUAAGCUCUUCGUCGCCUCCUCUUUCGAGUGCCGUUCCGACUCCUCCUCAAGCGCGGACCAGCCGAGUCAAGGCCGAUCCAACUCCGCUCGCCAUGGAACCACACCCUUUUUAUCUGGCGCCGGCAUGUCCUCUCUGAUUCUCAAAUUUCCCCCCAACUUCGUGCGCCAGCUUAGCACCAAAGCUCGCCGAAACUGCAGCAACAUCGGCGUCGCGCAAAUCGUUGCUGCGUCGUGGUCUAACAACUCCGCCGCAGGUGCUCCCUCCGCCGCGGCGGCGGCUGCUGCUGCCUCCGCAAUCCCCGCAGCCGAGCCGGCCGAGACCUUGGCCGGAAAUGAGGUGGCGGGAAUUGAUAGCAGUGAUAAUAAGAAUGUAAGUGUUGUACAGUUGGAGGAUUUGAGUAGCGAUUUGAAGUCGUUUUUGAGUUCUGAUGGAAGCAUUGCAGUUCACGCUGGUGAAAGAUUAGGUCGUGGUAUAGUGACAGAUGCAAUCACGACUCCGGUGGUUAAUACUUCUGCUUAUUUCUUUAAGAAAACCCAAGAGCUUAUUGAUUUCAAGGAGAAGCGCCAUGCAAGUUACGAAUAUGGUAGGUAUGGAAAUCCGACCACACAGGUUUUGGAGGACAAGAUAAGUGAGCUUGAAGGAGCGGAAUCAACAUUGAUUUUGGCAUCUGGGAUGUGUGCUAGUACUGUCAUGUUGUUGGCGUUGGUACCUGCUGGCGGUCAUCUUGUGACAACCACAGAUUGCUAUAGGAAGACUAGGAUUUUCAUGGAAACUUUUCUUCCUAAGAUGGGGAUCUCGGUUACUGUGAUUGACCCUGCAGAUGUGAAAGCUUUGGAAUCUGCACUUGAGAUCAACAAAGUUUCUCUUUUCUUCACCGAGUCUCCUACCAAUCCAUUCCUGAGAUGUGUUGACAUUGAAUUGGUUUCAGAGCUUUGCCACAGAAAAGGAGCAUUAGUCUGCAUUGAUGGUACCUUUGCAACACCUCUAAACCAGAAAGCCCUUGCUCUUGGAGCUGAUCUUAUUCUGCACUCUGCAACAAAGUUCAUUGGGGGACACAAUGAUGUUCUUGGAGGAUGCAUAAGUGGUUCCACAAAGGUAGUUUCAGAGAUUCGUAAUUUGCAUCAUGUUUUGGGAGGUACACUCAACCCGAAUGCUGCCUAUCUGAUCAUCCGAGGCAUGAAGACACUGCAUCUUCGUGUACAGCAACAGAACUCAACAGCAUUGAGGAUGGCCAAAAUUUUAGAGGCGCAUCCCAAGGUGAGGUGCGUUUAUUAUCCAGGCUUGCCAAGUCAUCCUGAACAUCACAUUGCCAAGAAGCAGAUGACUGGUUUUGGGGGUGUGGUGAGCUUCGAGGUUGAUGGAGACUUGCUCAUCACCUCAAAAUUUGUGGAUGCAUUGAAAAUUCCUUAUAUUGCCCCUUCUUUUGGAGGCUGCGAGAGCAUUGUAGAUCAGCCAGCCAUUAUGUCUUACUGGGAUCUGAGUCGAUCAGAGAGAGAAAAGUAUGGGAUUAAGGACAACUUGGUUCGGUUCAGCUUUGGAGUUGAAGACUUCGAAGAUUUGAAGGCUGAUAUACUUCAAGCUCUGGAGACCAUAGAGAGUGCUUGAAGGUGCCUGCCUGGGAGCAGUUGCUUUGAAGGCUCGAUGCACUGUCAAAGCUUGGAGACCAUAGACGUCGCCUCACCUACCCCUUUAAUUUUUUUUUUUUUUGAGUUUUCCUUUCGUAACUGCGUUUGAUCACCAUAUUUACAGUUUCUGUUCUGUUGACGAAACACUACGAAACCUUUUACCUAUUAGCCAUUUUUCUAUUUUCAGCGUUGACUCUUGUGCUCGUAUUCUUGGCUAGAAACGAUCUUUGUUUU